CUCCCCUUUCACUCUCUUCCCUGCAUCGCUCCCCUUUUCCCAGUUUCGACCAAAACCCUUCCCCUCCUCUUCUGGUUUUUGCGCAAAACGUCGCCUUUCUGACCGAACCCUCGCGAUACAGUCGCAAUUAGAGCCAACUGGGAAGGCAACGGCGUGAUCGUGGCGUACAGAGACCCGAAACUCCCAUCUUCCUUCUCCUUCCGCACUGCUUCUACCCGAAGCCAUGGAGGCAGAUGGAGGAAGGUGAAUUCAUAACUUCCUUUUCGAGUGGGAAUCUCCUAUGUGGGGUCCGAGGUAGCAUUUGAGUCUAACCAUCGAGCUUCUCCAAUGACGAGGUUUCAAAUUUCUUCAAUUUCAAGUUAUUCAUGCCGCGGCUAUUGAAUUUGGUUCUAUUCUCUUUCAAUUCGUGAUCAAGCCUGCAAAUUUAGUUUCGUCCGACUUGAAUUCUGGAUUGCAGUUUGUGCAAUUAGGUUUUUUUUUCACGUCGGGGUGAUGGAUGAUCCCGAUUUAGAUUUUUCGAAUCCGGAAGUCUUUUCGGGACCUAAUGCAGGAGAGGAACUACCGAGCAGCUGUUCGAUGGACAGUUUCUUUGAUGAGAUCCUCAAAGACACCCAACAUCAUUCUUGUACUCACACUCACACCUGCAAUCCUCCUGGUCCUGAUCUAUCUCACACCCACACCUGUUUCCAUGUCCACACUAAGAUUCUUUCGGCUCCAACUGACGAGACUGCGGAGUCUGCUGAGAAGGGCUCAAACAAGAAACGAUCUUUUGGCAACAGGGAGGCGGUGAGGAAGUACAGGGAGAAGAAGAAGGCUCGAGCGGCAUCUCUGGAAGAUGAAGUUGUUCAGUUGAGAGAAAUCAAUCAGCAAUUGAUGAAAAAGCUGCAGGGGCAAGCUGCUUUGGAAGCUGAGGUUGCGAGGCUUCGCUGCUUGCUUGUUGAUAUAAGGGGGAGAAUAGAGGGAGAGAUUGGAUCUUUUCCUUAUCUGAAACCAAUGAAAGUGGGAGGAGACUCAAUUUCACAGAUGCCACAGCCAAACUAUAUGAAUGGCGCCCAUGCUCAGAAUCCUUGUGAUUUCAGAUGUGAUGAUCAGGCUUAUUGCUUUCUCCCUGCGAUGCAGGGGAAGAAUGGGGUUGAAGCCAGUUUAAUGCACCAGGCUCACGGAAGCUGUGAGAUUGGAAACAUUCAAUGCAUGGGGAGCUCGACCACUGGGUCUAAGGAGAUAUUGGGAUGCGGUGGAGGGAAUGUGAUUAAUGCUGGUGGCUCGAGUAAGAUGGAUAAUUGAAAAGGGGCUUAUGCUGCAAUGGAAGGCUGAACCCGACCUCUUUUAGAGGAAUAGUUUGCUUUUGAAGAUGGCAGAGUUUAGUGGGUCUGUUUUUCUGCUCAUCUGUCUGCUUUGCAAAGAAGAAUCUCAUAUUUAUAUUUGUUGCUUUCUACUUAUGUAAGUCAUGUACAGAAGAAGCUGUGUUGGACAAAGCUACAGAUUUUGGUAAAGCUUGGGCAAGAUGGCUCUAAUCUUAUAAUGUAUUUUGCUUCAAAUUUUGGAACAUGAAACCAUGAUUUAAGUUCAGGUUUUGUUGUUUUA